AUGGCACUGGAACGUUUGGCCACUCCGGCCACCGCCACCCUUUUUUGCACGAAAAUCUACACGACUCAAAUGAGCAGCGAGGAGAAUCCAUUGAAUACCAUAUGGGGAGAGGCUUGUCAACCGGCCUAUCCAGAUCAAACGAUCGUUGCCGAUGCCGACAUCGCGGCCAUUUUGAAAGUGCAUAACGAUUACCGACGUAAAAUUGCGCAGGGUCUUGAAACUCAAGGAAAUCCAGGUCCUCAACCUCCCGCAUCCAACAUGAGAGAGCUGGAACUUGCUGUCAUGGCUGUAACCAUCGCCCGACAGUGUGUGUACAAACACGACACAUGCAGAGACGUUCCUCGUUUCAAUGUGGAUCAGAAUAUUAACAUUGGCGCGUCUUCCGCCGACACCCUUAAUAGCACUUCUAAUUGGAAUUCGGCAGUAACCGCUUGGUACAGUGAAGUUAAAGACAUUGACGCAACUUAUGCCGCGAGCUUUCCUGUUGAAUAA